GAAUUGUUCUUAUUUUUUUAGCGUAUUUUUAAUCCAUCGAUUAAGUAAGUGGUUAAUUAAUUUGUUUAUGGCAUGUGCGCGCCUUCACAUUGUGUGUGGAGCGGUCAGAAGGCAACCUAUGCGCGCUGGUUUUCUCCUUUUCGAAUGCAGACACUGAAGACGGAAUUUGGUCGUGAGCCUCCGCAGCAAGCAGCCUUUAAGGCGGAGUCAUCUCACUGGCUUUUUCAUAUAUAUAUUCCACCCUGUCCUAACCCAGCUCUAGGGCAGGAAGGGAGUCAAGGCAUGUCCUAGCUAAAAAGGUUAUGUGCUCAGCUCUGAAGCCUUUUAGACACCCCGGGACACGCUCCAGGACAUGGCAUUGAAAUCUCUGGGGAGCCGCCCAGCAAUUCAGUGAGAGCUGAAUCCCGGUUUCAUGAGUCCCGCCUAAGGACCAGUGUGGUCAGCCCCGGGACCACACUGAUGUUUCCUCUAACGAGCGGCCUGGGCUGGGAUUGGUUGGUGCGGCUGUUGAAAGAUGGCUGGGAGCCUGAGCCAGCUCCAACCUCAGAGCCCAGGAGCUUGAGAAGGGACGGCACACAGCAGAGCUGAGAACACACCAUAGGGCGCGGCUCCUCACCGGAACAAGCCACCGGACAGCCACACGUCAAUGGACCACCACACAGCUCUCCAGGCACCAUGUCUGAGUCCCGGCUUAGUGACGGAUCUGGAGUAGCGCUGGGGCUGGCAUGGUAUUUAUUUGAGUUGAAGGAAGAUGAUGAGGCCUGCAGGAAAGCUCAGCAGACCGGAGUGUUUUACCUCUUUCAUGAUCUGGCUCCUUUGCUACAGGCAUCAGGACACCGAUACCUGGUCCCCCGGCUUAGCCGAGCAGAGUUGGAAGGGCUGCUGGGUAAGUUUGGACAGGAUUCCCAAAGAAUAGAAGAUUCGGUGCUGAUUGGAUGCGCCAACCAGCAGGAGGCGUGGUUUGCUUUGGAUGUGGGUCUGAACAGCGCAGCCUCCAAACAGGCCUCUCUGCCGAAAUCUGAAGUGGAAGCGGAGCUCGGAGGCUCUUUCGUCAAGCUGAGGCAGGCUCUUUUUCAGCUGACCUCCGUGGAUUCCUCCCUGCUGUUCACGGCUCAGGCGCUUCUCCGAUGGCAUGAUGGUCACCAGUUUUGCAGUAGAAGUGGGCAGCCCACUAAGAAGAACAUGGCUGGCAGCAAGCGAGUGUGUCCUUCCAAUAACCUCACCUACUAUCCACAGAUGGCCCCUGUGGUGAUCACACUGGUGACAGAUGGGGCCCGGUGCCUGCUUGCCCGCCAGAGCUCUUUUCCCAAGGGACUGUAUUCUGCCCUGGCAGGCUUCUGUGAUAUAGGUGAGAGUGUGGAAGACGCCGUGCGGAGAGAAGUUGCAGAAGAGGUGGGCCUGGAGGUGGGAACCCUCCAUUACUCCUCAUCCCAGCACUGGCCCUUCCCCAACAGCUCGCUCAUGAUUGCUUGUCAUGCAGCGGUGAAGCCAGGACACACAGAGAUCCAGGUGAACCAGCGAGAACUAGAAGCCGCUGCCUGGUUCAGUCUUGAUGAGGUGGCCACAGCCCUGAGGAGAAAGGGCUCGUUUCCUCAGCAGCAGAGUGGUGCUCUCCCGUUGCUGUUGCCUCCCAAGUUGGCUAUUGCCCACCACAUGGUUCGAGAGUGGGUGGAAAGGCAGGCCUGUGCUUCCCUGGCUGCUUAGCCCAGUCCGCUGUGAGACCCCUCCCGGGCACUGCUGAAGGGCAGGCCAGGCAUCCGCUGCAAAAGGAGGCGGCCAGCCAGCUCCAGGGCAGCCUCCUAAGGCAGAGGCGCCCUGAGAAGUCCCCAUUGCCAGACAACCAGAAAUGAACCAGGAGAAAGCAGCCUGUAGCACGCUUGUCCCAGCUGCUUUGGAGGCUGACACAAGAGCAGCUCUAAGGAGCAGAGUUGGUUGAUGAGAUGCUAACGGUGAAAGCCGAGGGAGGGGUGCCGGUUCGUUUGGAUGUGGGCCAUUUUCUCCAAGGCUGUAGGAGCAAAUAGCUUCUGGCACAUGGCCUGUGGGUGUUGCGUUUACGGGAACUGCCAAAUGUGCCUGGGGUCAUUUAUCUUAGUAUCCAAACUAUUCACAAAUCUCAACUCACAUUUGAGUUCCUUCUGCCCUCACAGAAAAAUAGCAUAGCAUGAUGGUUUUGAAUUUGUGUGCAGGUGUAUUCCUUUUUAAAUCUUAUUAUUUCAAGUGUCUGCCUGCACCCAUGUCUUUGCACAACACGAAUGCCUAGUUCCUGUGGAGGCCGGAAGAGGGUGUCACAUUCCCUGGAACUGGAGUUACAGACUGAUGAACGGCCAUGUGAGUGCUGAGACCCAAACUUGGGUCUGCUGGAUGACAGCCUGUGAGCCACCCCUCCAGCCCUAUAGGCACACUUUUAUAUGUGGCAGUUAGAGUUGCACACUUUUAUAUGUGGCAGUUAGAGUUGUACACUUUUAUAUGUGGCAGUUAGAGUUGCACACUUUUAUAUGUGGCAGUUAGAGUUGUACACUUUUAUAUGUGGCAGUUAGAGUUGUACACUUUUAUAUGUGGCACUUAGAGUUGCACACUUUUAUAUGUGGCAGUUAGAGUUGUACACUUCUAUUUGCGGUAAUUAGAGUUGACUGUUUAGUAGUUGUCGCUGUUGCUGGGGAUCAAACCCAGGGCCUCAUACGUGGCAGGCAAGUGCUCUACCAUGGAGGCUUGUCCUCAGCCCAAGUUAGGGUUCUGUUUUUUUGUUUUUAAGCUCUGAAGGGAUGAGGACAGUGGGAGCAAAGGUCUUCCUCAGUGUACUCACAGGCAAGCAGAGGUGGUGUUUUUUUGCAACAGCUAAAUCCCAGAAGGGCUUGAGAGGAUUUGAAAGACUGCACUGUUGUUCCAGCUCUUUUACUUGCUCAGUCUGUGAGCCAGGGAAGACCGAACAUAAAACAGUACCGGAGUCUGCACGCCCAAAGCCCGCUGCUUCAAUUAAGGGAACGGCGAGGCUACGGCCCCCACCCCCACCCCCGGUGCCAGAGACUGAACUCGUGACCUCACACACCUCUGCAAGCUGUCACUGAGCCGAACCCCAGCCUCUGUGUCCUCUGUAUCUUGCCUUUCAUUGUAAGAGAGAAGAUUCUCUGGAGGAAAUAAAUUUUCAUGCCUUUA